CGUCGUUUGUCCGUUCCCAGGCAUCCUCCCAUCAUGCACACAAAGACAGACAGACAGGCAUGCAGACACUACUCAGAGUCUCAGGAUGAAGGUGUCAUUCAGCUUGGUCCGGUGCCUGUCGCCCCCGAAAAUGUACAAAGCACCCUCUGCAGCCGAUAAGCACACACACACACACACACACACAAUGCAUAGAAUCGAUGCAGCACGUUCGAUCGGUCAAGUAUUUCGCACUCACCGUGCAGCACCAUCGUGUGCCCAGACCGCGGACAAGGCACACGACCCUCUGCAUGACAACACACCCAUCCAUCCAUCCAUCUAGGCUCGCCUGUGAGCGCGUACCAUGUUUGGUGGCGGUCUUGCGUCUGAGGUUGCCGGCAGCGUCGAGCAGCCUCGCCUCGUUGCCUCUCUUGGAGUCCCUCGCCCCCGACCCACCCUGUCGGCCGAAGCGUGACGCCAUCCGACGCACAAAGUCACCGACGCCCUGGCCCUCAGGGUGCGGCUGAUCCACCUCCCUCACCUGCUUCCACGCCAUGCACACACAAGAGGUGAUGGGAUCGCGCUUUUGUGUGGGUGUGUGUGGGUGUGGGGGGGGGGCUUGCGUACACAGUCUGGUGCUCUUGCUCUGAGGAAUGGUGCCGGGGCGAGUGACUUGAGGGCCUUGAACAGUAGCCCGUCGAUGUCGGGAGGCGACAGGCCGCCUGCGCCGCCCACAGACCUCUGGGUGUCGUCCAGGCCGAUCAUGGUCCCGGUGCUCUGCCUCGUGGCUGCCAGCUUGUGUGCGCUAAUCCUGUGUGAGGAGACCUUGAUGCGAUGCCCGUCGGCCGUCACACGAGAGGCUGACGCCUUCAGAGGGGCAUCUGACAGACACACCAAAGAGGAGAUUCGAAAGAUGCGACACAAUUCAGGAGGGAGACGGUUUAUGCCUGCCUGCUUACCGCUGGCACCAGUAGAGCUUUUCUGGUCCUUGGCGGGUCUCGAUCUCUGCUUGCACCGCCACUCCUGCGUCUGAAGGCCGAGAGUGUAAAUGUCGGUGCUGUCCUCGUUGUCCAUGUCAGUGCCGCCAACAAUGAUCAGCAGCUGCCCAUGCAUCACGCCACACAAAUCUAAUCCACACACCAUCAGACAGAGAGCAGACUGUGCAUCCUCUCCGCUUCCCCAGGGGUGUCUCGUUUGGGCUCACCUCACCAGCUCGAGGCGAGGGCUUCUCCCCUGACGUCUCGAUCUCCGCCCACCUGAUGUCCCAGCCCAUGAUGUUGUUGUCUUCCUGCAUGGCCUUGCUCUUGCUUACGUGUGUGUCUCCGUGUUGAAUGACCAGAUGUCGUUGAGCUUGUGGUUUCUUGUCGUCGAUCCCCCGAACACGAACAUGCGGCACCCCACGCCCACGGCAGCAUGGCUGUGACGCGCAGGCGGCCAGCGAGGCACUCUUCGACCAGGGGAGGCGACUGAGAACGAACAGGACAGCACAGUGCCAAGACUCCCUCCGCUUUUCUCGACACGACCAUUCAAGGACCAUUCAUUCACCUGGAGUGAUCUGUGUCCAUCUGUCGCCGAUGAGGUCGAACUGCCACAGCUCGGCCACAACGUCGCCGCCCUUCUUGUACCCACCAAACACCAUCAUCUGCCCCUCAAUCACCACCGCAGUGUGGCUGUCCCUGGCGCUCGGCACAGUGGCCGGCCGCCUGUCGCGGCCCAGCUCGGGGGGCUCAACCACACGCCACUUGAGGUCAUUCAGCUCCAAAGAGACGCUCUCGUUGGUCUCACCGGAGGCCUUGAUGCCGCCGAAGACGUGCAUCGAGUCGCCAUGAAGCACCGCCGUGUGGCGGCAUCUACACACAUGGAAGACAGACGCGCGCGCGCGCGAGAUGCGACAUGAGUGGGGGAGGGAAGGCGCUCCUCACCUUGGGUCGGGUGUGUUUGUGGUGCUGAGCUUCUCCCAUCUUUCGAAACCCGCCUCCCCAAGCACCAACACGUGCUGCGGACAGACAACACCGGGGCCCCACGAACAAUCCUUCGUUUCAUCUGCAGUGCGUUUCUCGUACCACAUCGCCCAGCAGCUGGUCUCGCGCGUCCCUGCCGCCAUAUACGAAGGCCUUCUCGCUCGAAAGCACCAUGGUAUGGUGGCUGAGAGCCAAACAAGCAGAGGAGACUGUGUGUGUCAUGAAUGUGUGGCGAUUGUGUGACUCAGAGGGGUUCCUUUUCUCACCUGCGUCGAGUGGGCGGUUUGCCCAGGGCCCUCAGCUCAGACCAUAAUGAUGGUGGGGAUGAAGGGUCAUCGACAGACAACAUGGCGCCACACACAGCCGGAGGGAAAGCUCAGCCUGGUGUCCGUAGAGAAGGUCAGCGAGGGGCUGCGGCUUCUUGCUUGCACGCGCUGCCAACAACUCUGAGGGGAAAUCCCCUCAUACUGUCACUGUAUUUUGUCGUGUCCG